AUGGCAGACCCACAUACAUACGUAGCAUGGCCAAAAAUCAAUAAUCUAUAUACAGCAAUACCAGAAUUUGAUGGCAAAGUAGAAAACUAUAUUGAAUGGAGAAACAAAUUAGAAAAUAUAUUUACCGCAUCAGGAAUAAUGCGAGUAGCAUCAUUUGGAAGAUAUUCAGGAAAUGAAAGAGACGGAUAUAUAAAGAGAGCAGGAAACUAUCAAGGAACAGGAGCAGAUGACACACACCACAAAGCAAUAUUCAACUCAGAUAAUGUAAAUCUAAAAGACUCACAUAAUUACCCAUUAGAACAAGCGAUAGACUAUGGAGCACUAGCAUUUGAUGCAACCGCAACAGCAUCAGCAGCAUUAAUGACACCAACAUUUGACAGAAAUACUGUAAAUCAAACACAAGUUUCAUUCAGAGAAUUAUUUGACAAUCAAUACAUAUCGGGUGAAUUGAGGUUAAUUCACCAACAAAAUUUCCUCAAAUACAAAUGGACACCAGACCUAUCUGACGGACAAAGUGUACAAAACUUUAAAGCAAAAUACGAAAAGUUAAAACAACUUUCAAACUACCAAUUUGCAAAUAACUUCUAUCAAGGAAAACAAGCACACUUGCUUGACAGAGUACCAUUACAAUAUCGAACUGAAGUAUUAUUCAGACAACCAAAGACCUAUGAAGAAUUCUUCACAUACUUAAAUACAACAUUCUAUAACAAAAGAGCAUUAGCGAACGAAAGGAAUCAUUCAACAGAUUCCAACCAAAAAGAUUCCAAACACAAAGAAACAACAAUAGAACAUCAUUCAGAGGAGGGAAAGGAAAAUUCCAAAAAGGAAGACCUUUCAGAACAAAUAACAAUAACCGAUCUAAUAACAAUAAUCGAAGAUUUAGUGGACAAAGAACAAGAAAUGUUCAAUUCAGAAAUAAUUCACGAGGAAACAACAAUUUUAGAAACAAGAGGUACCACUAAAGAAAAAGGAAAUAACCAAAAGAAAAACUUUUACAACAAGAAUGUAAACCAUUACCAAGAAGAUGAAGGUGAAGAACCACAAGCUUCAACCUCAAAUGAUCAAAGAAAAUAUUAUUUUUAA